CACACACACACACACAAACAGACACACACUCCUCCCCUCUCCCUCGAAACCAAACUCUCUAAAAAACAGCAGAUUGAUUGAUACUCUCAUUCCUACACUGGUCUAGCAUAGGGACCCACUCAGAACCCAGCUAGACCUAAAGAGUCCAAGAGAGUCCGAUACCCGUCUGUUCUCCAUUAGAACCGCCCGCCCGUCUGCCUGUCCGCCCGUCGCCAUGAAGAUCGCCGUGGUUACCAUCGUCAUGACGAUCCUCCUACUUCAGGAGAGUAGAGCAGACGUGUUGCCGCAGAAGAACUUUGACGUUCAGAAGUUUGCAGGUAAAUGGUACCGUGUGGGUUUGGCGUAUGACUCUCCUGGCUUCGUUCCAUAUCGCGACAAACUGCGAGUUUCCAUGGGGAUGGUGGAACCUCAAGACAACGGCAACGUCAGCAUGACCAUGUGGAGCAUCAGGUCCACUGGCUGCAAGAGUAAGGUGUACGUGUACGAGAAGACGGCCACCCCUGGAGUAUUCUCCUACUUCAGCUCACGCCAUAACAAGGUGAAGGACAUCACAGUGGUGGAGACCAACUACACUGAGUUCGCCAUCGUCUUCAAAUUUAAGAAGAUGAACCGAGAAUACUCACAAGUCUCACUCUACGGUCGUACCCAGAAGUUGAAGGCAGACGUCAUUGAGAAGUUCAAGACUUUCGCUCUGGCUCGCGGCUUCCCAAAGGAGUCCAUUCUCACCCCCCCCAUCUCAUCAGAGGCCUGCCCCCCAACUGACGUUUAGAAAACCAGCAGAAACUUUAUUCUCAACAUCAUCCUACUCAUCAUCAUCCUCCUCCUCAUCAUCAUCAUCAUCAUCAUCGCCCUGAUCACUGAGGUUUAUCAUCGCCAUCAUCAUUACCAUCAUUACUAUCAUCGUCAUCUUCAUCGUCACUAUGCACUAUCGUCAUCCUCAUGUCCGUCAUCAUCUUCCUUCUGGAACUCUUGGUUUAGAUGGUUAUCUCGAACUCAACACACGCCAAAUAAAAGUGUGUGAAAAGAGA